UCUCUUGACUAAUUACCAAGCCAAAUAUCCUCAGCAACGCCUCAGCUCUUCAUCAAGUCAUCAGUCGCUACCUCUUUUCUUGCAUAUACCACAAACUGCUACAUCUCUGUCCGAUCUCCAUGGAAACUCCCUACCCAAAACCCAUCUCCCCCUCCCAAACCCGCAUCGGCUGGAUUGGGAUAGGCGUAAUGGGUGCUGCCAUGGCUUCUCACCUCCUCUCUGCCGGCUAUUCCCUCACCAUCUACGCUCGCACGCCAUCAAAAGCCUCGUCUCUCCAGUCCCAAGGUGCCCAUCUAACCAAUUCCCCACAAGAACUCGCUUGUCAAUGCGAUGUAGUUUUCACCAUGGUGGGCAACCCACAAGAUGUCAAACAAAUUGUCUUAGAAACCGACGGUAUCCUUUCAACCCUUAAUCCUGGUGCCGUCAUUGUAGAUCACACCAGCAGCAGCCCAUCUUUGGCGCGCGAGAUCUACGCUUCAGCUUGUAAAAAGGGUUGCUGGUCAGUCGAUGCUCCGGUUUCCGGGGGCGAUAUUGGAGCUAGAGAAGGGAAAUUGGCUAUUUUUGCUGGUGGAGAAAGUUCCGUGGUGGAGUGGCUGAAACCCUUGUUUGAUUUGAUGGGAAGAGUCACUUAUAUGGGGGAAGCAGGAUGUGGGCAGAGUUGUAAGAUUGGUAACCAAAUAAUGGUGGGGGCUAACUUGAUGGGUUUAAGUGAAGGGUUCGUUUUUGCAGAGAAAGCCGGGUUGGAUUUGAGGAAGUACAUGGAGUCGAUUAGAGGAGGAGGUGCAGGGUCAAUGGCAAUGGAGUUAUUUGGUGGAAGAAUGAUUGAGAGGGAUUUCAAGCCAGGUGGGUUUGUGGAGUAUAUGGUGAAGGAUUUGGGGUUGGGAGUGGAUGUUGUGAAGGAAGACGAUGAUGGGAAAGUGGUGGUUUUGCCAGGGUCAGCUUUGUGUAAACAAUUGUUUUCAGCAAUGGUGGCUAAUGGGGAUGGUAAGCUUGGUACUCAAGGACUCAUAACUGUUGUGGAAAGGAUCAAUGGCAAGUUACUUUGAAUCCAAUAGGUUUGUUCAAACAAGUAGACUUCAGCAUGUUUGAGAAUGAAUGCAAAUGGUUAACAGUAACUGAAAACUGUUCUCCAUUCGAAGAAAGAUUGCGCAAGUGAAUAUGUCUUUGCAUUUAGAGACACUAAAGAACUUCAGAUUGGAAUGUUCCUUUUUUUUUUUCUUUAUUCUAUCAGUUAGGCUUUGUAUUUUGUCUUGUCUAUAACUGGCUAUUGCAAUUUGAUCUUGGUUAUUUAGAAUUAUUAUUAAUAACUAAUAAUAAAU